AUACUAUUUGUUUGUUUCAAAGUUCUGCCUUUGCUGGCGGCUCGGGUGGUUCUCGAUAUCGUUUUCACGGUAUUAAUACACAGAAUCAGUGAAUACUCUCACUGUCUCAAUAGACUAUUUUUCUUAGAUUUUUCCACCUUUCCAACUUUCCCUCCUGCAAAAUUCACAACCGCGGAUCAUUGA